AUGGCCCAGGGGUAUUUUCAAAUUCCGAUAAAACAAGAGGACCAAAAUAAGACAGGAUUCAUAACAGAUUUUGGACUUUUUAAUUUCAAAAGGAUACCACAAGGGUUUAAAAAUUCAUCACCAAUUUUUCAAAGAAUAAUAAAUGAUGUAUUCAGUGACUAUCUAUACAGGACAAUGAUAGCCUACCUAGAUGACAUAUGUUGUUUCGGAACCAAUUUUGAAGAAGCGCUAACUAAUUUAAAAGAUAUAUUCAGUAGACUGGAAGAAACGGGUCUAAAAUUAAAAACAAAUAAAUGCAAUUUUUUUAGUUCAAAUAUUGAAUUACUUGGACACUCAGUAUCAAACAUAGGCAUAAAACCAUUAGAAAAAAAUAUUAAAGCGAUUACUUCAUUUCCAACUCCAAAUAAAAUAAAAGACUUAAGAGCCUUCAUUUUACUUACAAGUUAUUAUAGGAAAUACAUUAACAAUUUUGCAAAAAUAGCAAGCCCUUUGACAAGCUUAACAAAAAAGGAUAAUAAAUUUGUUUGGGGAAAAGAACAGGUAGAAGCUUUUGAAAUUUUAAAAAAGGCCAUAACCACAGCACCAGUUCUGGCACAUUUCGAAGAUGGAUACCCAGUUUUUGUUACUACUGAUGCUUCGCUAGAAGGAUUGUCUGGUAUACUGAAACAAGAAGACAACAACGGUAAAAGGCAUCCUAUAGUCUAUGCUUCUAGAAAAUUAAAAGGAGGUGAAAAGAACUAUACAACUACAGAAUUGUAA